AUGAAUGUAAAACUUCAGUUCAUGACUUCUGUCAUGCUUUGCUUUGCAUCUUUUGCUUUCGCGCUUCCAGCAAAUGAAUCUAUUUGCGAUGUGAGCUUUGGACCAGCACCUAAUGCUGGACAAGGGCUCCAGGUGCCAGUGCCUCUUGCAGUUGGAAAUUCUGGAUUCCUUUGUGGUGUGGGUAAUAAAACUAGUAACUCAACUGACUAUCGUCAAUGUCGAAGCUGUCUUCCUACUGCCAUCGGCAAAAAGUGUCGAUCGGUCGCUAACGCAAGCGCUCCACUAUUCGAGUCCCAUAAUUGUACUCUUGCUUAUGGUCCAGUGGCUUACAUUGAUAUCACUAAAACUCAAAAAUAUUACUGCAACGAUGAUGACAAGUACUUGUGCGAAAACAUCACAGAUCCAACUGUCUGUGAUGAGUGCACAUCAUCUUCAUUACCACCUGUCACGAAGAGCUUACUAUAA